AUGAAAAGUGAUUGUAACUGCCUGAGGGAGGAGGAGGAGGUCAGAGUGUGUGGAGGAGAAGGAGAAGGUCAGAGUGUGUGGAGGAGGAGGAGAAGGUCAGAGUGUGUGGAGGAGAAGGAGAAGGUCAGAGUGUGUGGAGGAGGAGGAGAAGGUCAGAGUGUGUGGAGGAGGAGGAGAAGGUCAGAGUGUGUGGAGGAGGAGGAGAAGGUCAGAGUGUGUAGAGGAGGAGGAGAAGGUCAGAGUGUGUGGAGGAGAAGGAGAAGGUCAGAGUGUGUGGAGGAGGAGGAGAAGGUCAGAGUGGGUGGAGGAGGAGGAGGAGGUCAGAGUGUGUGGAGGGGGAGGAGGAGGUCAGAGUGUGUGGAGGAGGAGGAGGAGGUCAGAGUGUGUGGAGGAGGUCAGAGUGUGUGGAGGGGGAGGAGGUCAGAGUGUGUGGAGGGGGAGGAGGUCAGAGUGUGUGGAGGAGGUCAGAGUGUGUGGAGGAGGUCAGAGUGUGUGGAGGAGGAGGAGAAGGUCAGAGUGUGUGGAGGAGGAGGAGAAGGUCAGAGUGUGUGGAGGAGGAGGAGAAGGUCAGAGUGUGUGGAGGAGAAGGAGAAGGUCAGAGUGUGUGGAGGAGGAGGAGGAGGUCAGAGUGUGUGGAGGGGGAGGAGGAGGUCAGAGUGUGUGGAGGGGGAGGAGGAGGUCAGAGUGUGUGGAGGGGGAGGAGGAGGUCAGAGUGUGUGGAGGAGGUCAGAUGUGUGGGAGGAGGAGGAGUGUGGGGGUCAGAGAGUGUGUGGAGGAGAGUCAGAGUGUGUGGAGGAGGAGGAGAAGGUCAGAGUGUGUGGAGGAGAAGGUCAGAGUGUGUGGGAGGAGGAGGAGGAGGUCAGAGUGUGUGGAGGAGGAGGAGGAGGUCAGAGUGUGUGGAGGGGGAGGAGGAGGUCAGAGUGUGUGGAGGGGGAGGAGGAGGUCAGAGUGUGUGGAGGGGGAGGAGGAGGUCAGAGUGUGUGGAGGGGGAGGAGGAGGUCAGAGUGUGUGGAGGGGGAGGAGGAGGUCAGAGUGUGUGGAGGAGGAGGAGGAGGUCAGAGUGUGUGGAGGGGGAGGAGGAGGUCAGAGUGUGUGGAGGGGGAGGAGGAGGUCAGAGUGUGUGGAGGGGGAGGAGGAGGUCAGAGUGUGUGGAGGAGGUCAGAGUGUGUGGAGGAGGAGGAGGUCAGAGUGUGUGGAGGAGGUCAGAGUGUGUGGAGGAGGUCAGAGUGUGUGGAGGAGGUCAGAGUGUGUGGAGGGGGAGGAGGUCAGAGUGUGUGGAGGAGGUCAGAGUGUGUGGAGGAGGUCAGAGUGUGUGGAGGAGGAGGAGAAGGUCAGAGUGUGUGGAGGAGAGGGAGAAGGUCAGAGUGUGUGGAGGAGGAGGAGAAGGUCAGAGUGUGUGGAGGAGAAGGAGAAGGUCAGAGUGUGUGGAGGAGGAGGAGAAAGUCAGAGUGUGUGGAGGAGGAGGAGGAGGUCAGAGUGUGUGGAGGAGGAGGAGAAGGUCAGAGUGUGUGGAGGAGGUCAGAGUGUGUGGAGGGGGAGGAGGAGGUCAGAGUGUGUGGAGGGGGAGGAGGAGGUCAGAGUGUGUGGAGGGGGGAGGAGGAGGUCAGAGUGUGUGGAGGGGGAGGAGGAGGUCAGAGUGUGUGGAGGAGGUCAGAGUGUGUGGAGGAGGAGGAGGUCAGAGUGUGUGGAGGAGGUCAGAGUGUGUGGAGGAGGAGGAGAAGGUCAGAGUGUGUGGAGGAGAAGGUCAGAGUGUGUGGAGGAGGAGGAGAAGGUCAGAGUGUGUGGAGGAGGAGGAGGAGGUCAGAGUGUGUGGAGGAGGAGGAGGAGGUCAGAGUGUGUGGAGGGGGAGGAGGAGGUCAGAGUGUGUGGAGGGGGAGGAGGAGGUCAGAGUGUGUGGAGGGGGAGGAGGAGGUCAGAGUGUGUGGAGGGGGAGGAGGAGGUCAGAGUGUGUGGAGGGGGAGGAGGAGGUCAGAGUGUGUGGAGGAGGAGGAGGAGGUCAGAGUGUGUGGAGGGGGAGGAGGAGGUCAGAGUGUGUGGAGGGGGAGGAGGAGGUCAGAGUGUGUGGAGGAGGUCAGAGUGUGUGGAGGAGGAGGAGGUCAGAGUGUGUGGAGGAGGUCAGAGUGUGUGGAGGAGGAGGAGGUCAGAGUGUGUGGAGGAGGUCAGAGUGUGUGGAGGAGGUCAGCGUGUGUGGAGGAGGUCAGAGUGUGUGGAGGAGGAGAGUCCUGGCCCCUCUGA